UAAUACUUAUUUUGUUAAGAACAUUAAUUCUAAAUGAUGUUGACAGCAUUUGUACUUAUUUAGAUGAAUGUUCAGUUCUAGUAGAUAGUUGUCGCAAAAUUUGGAGAAAAGGCUAAUUUCCACGAGGCAAAAUAUGAGCAAUAUCCAUCGUAAUAAACAGAGCUUGAAUUAAUGAUAUAAAAAAUUUCAAUGAGUUAAUUAUUUAUAAAAUUACACAUUUUAUUACUAGUACAUAAAUAAUGAAUUACGGAAUUGAUUGGGAAGCUGAGCAACGUCAAACGUUGCUCGGAACCCGUGCAACUCUUGAUAGAGCAGCUCAAUCAGUGGCACGUUCUCAAACAGUUGCUGCUGAAACAGAGCAAAUUGGUCAAGAAGUAAUUGCUGAACUAGGUGUACAAAGAGAGACGUUAAUACGUACAAGAAGGAGAUUAUCUGAAACAGAUCAGGAAUUAGCUGCUUCAAGAAAAAUAAUGCGAUUAAUUGGUCGAAGAGUUUUAACUAAUAAAAUUGUAUUAAUUUUGAUAAUAAUAUCAGAGGCUGCUAUACUUGGCCUAACUAUUUAUCUAAAAUUUUUUAGUAAAAAAUAAUAUAACUCUUUAUUCAUUAAGGCGCAUUUAUCUGUAAAAUACGAAAUAAUUUUGAAAUUGUUGUACGAAAAUUUAUAACAAUUAUAAAUGAUUAAUAUAUUUUAUAAUAAUACUGUUAAGAGAUUAAUCAAAUAAACAUUAUAAAAAUCGUUUAUUACAUAA